AUGUUUUUGGUUGUUUUCGGAAUUUCAGUGAUAUGUUCAUUUAAUUUUCACUGCAAUGUUGCCUUUUUCGCCCAGAGGAAUCCUUUUCGGUGGAUAAACGAGACCGAUUAUUCUCUAGCUUAUUCGUUUUUAUUUCCACUCAGCUUUCUGUUUCGACUUCUUCCAGGAAAGAGAGUAGACCUGUCUUUCCUCGAAUUAUAUUGUAUUAGCAGCGCUGAUAAUGGUGGUUUAGAUUUGAAAUGACUGGAAUAUUUGUUCCGUUCAGAGCAACGCAUAUCGCCUUCGUUGUCACGCACGUAUGUUCUAUACAAAUGUCUGUCUUUAUCGUCGAGAAACAAAAACUUAGCGGCAGUGGAGCGUUAUAUCGAGGGAAGGAAGUGGAGCAUACCGAGUCACAAUGACAUUGUAUCACCAUAUACUGUACGAUAUCUCGACGUGAUUGGAUCUUCUGCUGUAACUGAGGUGAAGCAAUAUGGCGUCAAUAUCGACACCCGGAAAAAUACCGGUACCUCAUGAAGACAUCACCUGUAGGCUGUGCCAACAGCCGUUCUCCUCCCCCAAACUUUUGACGUGUCUCCAUUCAUUCUGUCAGCUUUGUAUUGAAGAACGGCUUACUACCGAGGGCGGUGGGCAUAUCUUCCAAUGUCCUCUGUGCAAGCAUAAAACUCGGCUACAGACGAAAUCAGCGAGCUCUCUAACGACAAACUUCUAUAUACUAGGACGUCAGAGGGUGUAUGCUAGUCGCACACCACAGGCCUCUAACUGUGUGGUUUGUUCAAUGAAAGGCGAUUUUUGUGAAACCACUCACCAUUGCCUGGAUUGUGGCGACAAACUUUGUGAAACAUGCUCAAUGAGACAUAACUCUUCAACUCUUACAGCGACACAUCGAGUGGUCUCCCUUGAUGACAUCAGACAAGGUCAGUACGAUAAACACUUUCUUGAGAAGGAGGAACAGAUUUGUGACAAACACCGCGAAACAUUGAGCAUUUUCUGUCACACAUGUUCUGAGGCAGUAUGUGUUCAUUGUGCCUUUGCUGAGCACAAGAAACAUCAGUUUGACACUGUAGACGAAGCAGCUGACAAAAGGCGUGAGUCAUUGAAACAGGCACUGUCAAUGGUAGGGGCGACGUCUUCCAGUAUUCAAGACUCUGCCAAAACACUGCAAGCGGAGAUGGAUCAGUUAAACAAAGAGGAAGAAAUAUUUGUGAGUGAGCUGACUUCGUCAGUUGCUGCUGUGAUGGAGAAGAUCUCAGAGAAGAGUUCUGAGGUGUUGGAGAAGGGCAGGAGAAGUUUUGAGGGCGAGAGGAGGAGGAGGCAAAGGAUGCUGGAGCUGGUGUACUCUGAGUCUGAAAGAAGGGAGGAGGUUGUCCGAGUAUGUCAGCAGGUGGAAGAGGGUGGUGGGCUGACUCUUCUGUUGCUGUCCCAGACUCUUCAACAGGGGCUGAAAGAAUAUGCAGAGGAACCUGCCGUGUCAUCUACAGGUACUCUGACUACAUAUAAGGUUAAUAUAAACCUUCCAGUUGACGCAGAAGUUAUCACUUUUCGUGAAGUUCCAAUGGCCCAAGGAAGAACAAAUGUACCAUGUUUUUGUGCAGAUUCCCAGGUUACACCGAAAUCUUCCAUACCCAAAUCACUCAAGGAAGAACCGAAGAUACAAACCACGCAUCCCACCAGCACACCACAGGAAUGGGUAAUGGACACAACAGCCAACGGUGAUGGGGGUGAUCAAGAGAUUGGAGAUAAGGAUGCUUCACAGUCUAAAGACAGGGCAGCAAAAGAAUUUCUUGAGAUAAACCUUCACGGGAUAGACGCAACAGAGGAAGGGUUUUAUCAUACAAGAGUCAGUUCAGCACACAAAUUAGCACUGAUAAAUCACAACCUAAUAUUAGCUCUAUUGCCUUUAAAGAUAAAGAUAGACUUUUGAUUUUAGACGACUCAAAUGCAAAGCUGAAAGAUUUCUAUGAUAAUGGUAAGAUAAUUGUUUUGGUAAAUCAGAAUGGAAAAUGUGACCUUUUCAAACGGUUUGUGUGUGUUGAUAAUGACAAUACCAUCUGCGCCAUCUAUGAAAACUACCUUGUUAUAUUAACAAAACAUCUGCAAGUUCAGUCCAAAAUACCCUUGGCACGAAACGGAGAGAUGACUUGUGAUCCUAUUGUCGCCAACUUCGGCGACCACAUCAUUGUUGGCAAUCUGCCAAAUAAGGAGAUGCGGGUCAUGACGACAACAGGCGAGAUGGUCAGAAAUUGGACCAGUAAGGUCAAAGGUGAGAUGAAAUCCCUUCGGUACGUAGCAGACGAUGUGGUCAUCGCGUGCUCUUGGCAAAUGAACGGGUCCGUGUGUCUCGAGUCGGAGAAAGAUGGCCUUUUCCUCAAGGUCAACGGACACAAACGGAACGGCAAGAAGUGGCGGCCUUCAGACGCCAUCUUUGGUGCAAAUGGACGUAUCAUAG